AUGCUCGCUUACUUGUCUUUUGAGUACUGGAGAGGGAGCUCAAGGACGAGAGAGUCAGGCUUUGUGAAAGGGUAUGUACCAUAUGGUCCAUAUUACUAUUACAUGUGCAUAUAUAGGCAUAGACAUAGAGUCAUCAAUGCGUACAAACUGAUCAACAACAUUGUUGGAGAAAGACCAAUGGGGUCAGGAAGCAAAGAGAAAGGUGAUGUAGAAACAGACCUAAUUAUUAGAUUUUCGAAGAGACGACCAUAA